AUGACCGUACUGGAUAAUUUUUCCACUCUAGCAGGCCUGGCAUUCUGCCUUGGCGCUGUAUCCGUUCUCUACCGAUUGCUAUUCUCGCCUCUGCGCAAUGUCCCAGGGCCGCGUCUUGCUGCUCUCUCAAGUAUUUGGCUAUGGGUACAGGACAUGACUGGAAACUCACCGCAGUCUAUUUCCAAGCUCCAUAAGAGUCUCGGCCCAAUCGUCCGCAUCGGCCCUAACGAGAUCAGUAUUGACGAUAUCGAGAUACACAAUCGCGUCCUAUAUUGCCAGGCUCCCAAGUAUAUGAAGGCCGCUUACUUCUACGACCCAUUCAAGACCGGGCCAUCAGGGAUCUUCCAGAGCUCAGAGCCCAAAGAACAUUCCACUUUGCGGCGUUUAGUCAGCAAGCCAUUUUCCAGAAAGAGUGUUCUGCAGUUCGAGCCAGAGAUCUGGAAAUCAGUCGAUAUGCUCUCAGACGUGUUGCGCCAACAUGGCAAAGCUAACAACACCUUUGACCUCUCAAAGAUGUCUCGCUGUCUUUCACUCGAUUUUAUCACGAAUUUCACGUACGGGGAAUCAAUGCAGGCAGUUCUUUCUCCUGAGUUCCAUGACGAUGUCCUGGACGCGUUCGAUUCUUUCGCUGUUAGCAAUUUCUUAUUUAUGAUGAUACCUUCUCUUCGUCAACCCUCAAUAACUCUGCUGUCCAUGUUACCUUUUAAGGUGUUUCAGGCUAUUCCAAGCAUGAGACGUCGCGUCCAAAAAGCACUGGAAAGAUACGAUAGUACGGGGAAGUCUAGCUCGGGGUUCCAGCCUCUCCUGCAAGCCGAACACGCAGCCUCUAUUGCGCAGAACUACCCUCUAAGCAAAGACUUUCUGGUCGCUGAUGGCUUGGCGGAUAUCUUUGCCGGGACAGACACAACAUCGACAACGCUCACUCUAACACUCAACGAGAUCUUCUCCAAUCCCAGAGUAUACGGCCGUCUCCAUGCGGAGCUAAAGAGAGCCAUCCCAAAUCCCAGUGACACUGCAGAGCUAUCCAACCUCGAGUCCCUACCGUACCUCGCCGCUUGUGUCAAGGAAGGCCUCCGCUUCAGCACGCCAGUCCGGUCCCGCCUCCCCCGCGUAACUCCCGAAUCCGGCCUUACCUACGGCAAACACUUCAUCCCAUCCGGCACCUUCAUUUCCUCAAGCCCCUACCUAAUGAACUACAAUGAGACGGUCUUCCCCGAUCCCUGUACCUACAAGCCAGAGCGUUGGCUUCUAGACAACCCGGCCGAGAUCAAGCAGCUAGACAAUUGCUGGGCUCCGUUUUCGAAAGGUUCACGAGGCUGCAUCGGGAUUAACCUUGCUAUGGCCGAGAUUUACAUAACCAUUGCAGCUAUUGUGAGGCGAUUUGAACUGGUGGAGAAGAAAUUCAGGGAGUUGAAGAUUAGGGAGAUUUUUGGGGUUAUUUUUGAUGAGCCCCUAGUUAUGAAGUUGAAAAGCGUCCAGGAGUGA